AAAAACAAUUGUUUAUUCGGUGGAAGCUAACGUUUUGGCUAAUCCACUAGCCUUUGUCAAAGUACAUACAACAACAAUACAUUUACUUGACUAAAAAAUAUGAAGCGGUGGGAGAGGUUUGAAAAUUAUGUCCUUAAACGUCACUUAAGUGAGAAUGUAAAAGACUACAUCACACUCCAUUGUUUGAUGUGUAAAAACCUUCACAGUGCAUUCCUAGAGGUACUAACAGGAAUGACCAGGAAUCCCAAUACUGGUCUAAUUCAGAACACACUACUUAUUACUAUAUAACAAAAACUGUAUCACUUGCAGCAGUAUCACUUGAUGCAGCAGUAACUGUUACAUUUUAGCUAAAAAAAAAAAAACAAAGAAGCACCUGCUAAGUGAAGAAUAUUAAUAAGAAACAGAGGAAACUAUGGACGAGGGAAGUGCAAACAAGUUACACCCAAAAGGUAUUAGAGCUGGGUCCAGGUCAAAAUCUUUAUACAUAAUUUUAUAUAUUAUACUGUGCCCACAUCAAAGAUGUCGGUUGCCGAUACCUACUCUGACCCAACUUCCUUUCGAUUCCCAAACGUUUGGACCCCGCCUCUAAGGAUGCACUUUCUCUGUACAUGACGUGUCUUCUGGUUCCGGCGUCCCGGUUCCGGCUUGCAGCCGCCGCAGUGUAUUUCGAUGGCUGAAGUGCGCGCCGUUCCCGUCGCUUCCGGUACCGCUCCAGGUUCCGGUUCCGGCUCCCUAUCACCGUCACAGCCCCUACCGCCCCCUCCGUCUGGACCCGGACCCGGGGGUGCACCACCGCUGCCACCCCCACCGCCUCCCCCUGGUACCGGGCCUGCCCAGACCAGGGAGAGUUCUAGUAGUUCAUCGGGGUCUACCUCGGGUUCAGCCCGGGAGGGCUGGCUGUUUAAAUGGACCAAUUAUAUCAAAGGAUACCAGAGGCGAUGGUUUGUGUUAAGCAAUGGGUUACUGUCUUAUUACCGCUCCAAAGCAGAGAUGCGUCACACCUGUCGAGGAACAAUAAAUCUUGCAACAGCAAACAUCUCUGUAGAAGACUCCUGCAAUUUCGUAAUCUCUAAUGGAGGGGCACAAACUUACCAUUUAAAGGCUAGCUCGGAAGUAGAACGACAAAGGUGGAUCACGGCACUAGAACUUGCCAAGGCCCGUGCUGUUAAGAUGCAGGCAGAGUCAGAUGAUUCAGGAGAUGAGGACCCAUCUUCUCAGACAGAUAAGGCAGAAGUCCAUAGCACUCUACGAGCUUUAUCUGGGAAGGUGGAAGAUUUGGGCACGUGCAAUGAUCUAAUUGCUAAACAUGGGACAGCCCUGCAGCGGUCACUAAGUGAGUUGGAAAGUCUGCGUCUUCCUCAAGAGAGCUCUGAAAAGAUUAAGCAAGUCAAUGAGAGAGCUACACUCUUCAGAAUCACAUCAAAUGCAAUGAUAAAUGCUUGCAGAGACUUUAUGUCUUUGGCUGAAAGUCACAGUAAGCGCUGGCAGAGAGCACUACAGUAUGAGAGAGACCAGCGACUACGUCUGGAAGAGACACUUGAGCAACUAGCAAAGCAGCACAACCAUUUGGAACGGGCAUUCCGUGGGGCCACAGUCUUGCCAUCUGUUACCCGCACUGGGAUUUCCAAAGACCCUUGUGUGACAGGAAAAGGGGACCUCAGUGAUGAAGAUGAUGACAAUGAAUUCUUUGAUGCCCCUGAAAUCAUCAGCAGCCCCUCCCAGGAUGGGCUUGGACACAAGCGUUCUGGCAGCAACAUUAGUGCAGCAAGCUGUGACAUAAUGGAAGAACAUGUGCGCCCUACCUCUGAGGAUCUCCGGAAAGAAAGACGAACUAGGAUUCCUUACAAACCCAACUACAGCCUUAAUUUGUGGAGUGUCAUGAAGAAUUGUAUUGGAAAAGAGCUUAGCAAGAUCCCCAUGCCUGUUAAUUUUAACGAACCGCUCUCAAUGCUUCAGCGACUGACUGAGGACCUAGAGUAUCACACCCUGCUGGAUCGGGGGGCUCAGUGUGAAAGUGCUCUUGAGCAACUUUGUCUUGUGGCUGCAUUCACCGUCUCUUCAUAUUCCACCACUGUCUUUCGCACAAGCAAACCCUUUAAUCCUUUGUUGGGAGAAACCUUUGAGUUAGAUCGGAUGGAAGAGAGCGGCUACCGCUCGCUGUGUGAGCAGGUCAGUCAUCACCCCCCUGCAGCUGCACACCAUGCAGAAUCUCGCCACGGCUGGACCCUGAGGCAGGAGAUAACGGUCACCAGCAAGUUCAGGGGCAAAUACCUUUCAAUUAUGCCACUAGGCACUAUACACUGUGUAUUUCAUAACUCUGGGAAUCAUUAUACAUGGAAAAAGGUCACCACAACUGUUCACAAUAUAAUUGUUGGAAAACUCUGGAUUGAUCAGUCAGGAGAGAUAGACAUUGUAAAUCACAAGACAGGGGAUAGGUGUAAACUUAAGUUUGCUCCAUAUAGCUACUUUUCCAGAGAUGUGGCCCGGAAGGUUUCAGGGGAAGUAAUGGAUGCAACUGGACGGGUGCAUUACACUCUCAUGGGUACAUGGGAUGAGCGUAUGGAGUGUAUACCUGUGUAUUCUGUUAGUACUGUGUCUGAAAAUGGAGGAGACAAGGCUGCUGAUAACAAAAUUCUGCUAUGGAAGAGGAACCCCCUUCCUAAGAAUGCAGAGUACAUGUAUUACUUCACUGAGUUUGCUCUUACUUUGAAUGCCCCUGAGGAAGGUACUGCUCCAUCGGACAGCCGACACAGGCCAGACCAGCGUCUUAUGGAGAAUGGAAACUGGGAUGAAGCCAAUUCUGAAAAACAGAGACUUGAAGAAAAACAGAGAAAUACUAGAAAAAAGAGAGAGGCAGAGCGGGAGAGAGCUGGGGAGGAUGGUUCCCCUGUGGACACAUACAAACCAAUGUGGUUUGAAAGAAAGAUGGAUCCUGUAAGCAAGGAGAUGACGCACAUUUGCAGAGGCAUCUACUGGGAAUGCAAGGAGAGGCAAGAUUGGGCAUCCUGCCCUGAUAUAUUUUGAGGAUGAAGGAGCAGCAUCACGUCUUCUUGCAAAUCCCAUCUCAUUGUCUCCAUUGCCAUUCUUUAUCUACAGUGAUGCCUUACUGACCCUAAUAUUAAUGUACUUCCCCAGAUAAGCAGUGCUCUGUAGGUCUCUAGCACAAAAAGUAAGAAUGAUAAUGAUGAUGUAUUGUGAAGAAUGGCCAUAUGGUUUCAGUUCUACCAUAUCAUAAAAAUAUAUAUGUACACACUGUAAUUACAGUGAUUUAGUGAAUUCUUGCUUCUGCUACAUAUUCUUAAUUAUCAAAAGGGUAAUUACGAGAUCCAGAAAGUUCCGAAUUACGAAAAAGCCAUCUCCCUUAGACUCCGUUUUAAUCAAAUAAUUCACAUUUUUAAAAAUGAUUUCCAUUUUCUCUGUAAUAAUAAAACAGUACCUUGUACUUGAUCCCAACUAGGAUAUAAUUAAUCCUUAUUGGAGCCAAAACAAUCCUAUUGGGUUUAAUCAAUGUUGAAAUAUUUUUUUAGUAGACUUGAUGUAGGAGAUCUGAAUUACAGAAAUACCCUUUAUCCAGAAAACCCCAGGUCCAGAGCAUUCUGGAUAACUGGUCCCAUACCUGUAUAUACAUAUACACACUGUGCCCAUGUGACUAUAAGAUACCACAUUUUAUUUUGCCAUUUUUUCAAAAUCAUUAAUAUUAUAAAAGAAUGUGUGCACAAUGUAUAACUUGUAGCAGUAGAAUUAAUCUGUAAUGGCUUGUGCUGCCUUGCUGUGCCUGGUCUUGACCUACAGAGCAGUGUUUCUUUAAACCAUCAUCCCCAGUUAUCAUUGGAUCAGAGCAAUACACUUUGAUCAUUAGUAAGGGUUUGGGGGUACAUUCUGCCUUAUGUUUGCUGGUUUAAUUUUCUUUGAUUUAAGUUUGUUGAGUGAAGUAUCAUUUUGUUCUGCGGGAUUUUUUUUUUUUUUUACUUAUUUGAAGGAGGAGUUGGAAAGGCAAAUGAUCUCAAACUUCUGGUAUGAGUUUUUUUUUUUGGUGUUUACAAUUAUUAGAAUUAUUGAUUUUUUGACAUCUACCCCUACCUGGUAUAUAAAUAUAUAUGUAUAUUUUUCAUUUCUCUUUCUGUCUCUCUACCUCUUUUUGUGUGUUCUUCUUUGUCUGGUGUCUCUCCUUUCUCUCUGUGCAAAUACUAAAUUAAAUAAAAAUAAGAUGACACCUCUCAGUUUCCAUAUAAUUGCACCAUGUCAAUACACUUCUAUUCUGAGCAAGGAAACCUUACAUUCUUUGUAGUAAAAAAGCUAGGAAUACAGAAAUACCAAAUGUAAAGGUUUUCUUUGUGUUUUAACUACACAAGAUUGCAGCCUUAUUGUAAAAUAAGAUUUUAUCACUAGCAGCAUUCUGUGUAAAUGGUUAUUAUGUAAAAGGAAGAUUAUCUCUGUACAAACAUGGUUUUAAAACCACACUUAUAUCUCAUUAAAGGGGAAUAUAUCCUGUUACAA